AUGGCCGCUCAAGUCCUCUUAUCGACCGUGUUCCCAGCCUUGAAGCUUAGAAGUCUGCAAGAAGUACCAUGUGGAGCCUCCCCGCACCUCAAGGCUCCACCAGGGAAGAUGGUCAUCAAGAUACCCGAUAUGUUCAAGUCCUUCAUGUCAGCUACACCGAAGGUCAAUCCAUUCUAUGAGGAGGUGAAACUCGAAGCAGAUACCUGGAUUACAGAGAAACUCGACGCAAAUGAAAAGAUGAAAAAGACAAUCACCAAGACAGACUUUGCUUGA